AUGCCGGCGAUUGCUGUGAUGUUUUGGUCGAGCUUGAAGUCCUGGGGGAUGAAUUGUGUUGGCCCAAGUGUCCUCGGCUUUGUGAGGCAGCAAAAUCUGAACAGAGUGUUUUGGGUGGAUUCAUCAAGCAAGAUAUUCAGGAAAAGCAAAGAACGUCGGUAUUGUGACAGUGAGGCCCAUCAGGAGCGGCAGACACAUCAGAGGGGCUCUGUCUCUGUGUUUUUCUUCUGGUUGAUGUGCAUUUUCGAGAGAACUCGUCUGCCUGAUUUUCCUGGUCAAUUUGCAAAGCAACAUAUUCAAGAAAACGAGGAAAUGGCAACUCUUAGGUUUUCAGACAGAUCAUGGCCGGUGAAGAUCUUAAGCUAUAUGCAUGAAAUCCGGGUGUUCUUUGCUGCUGGUUGGCCCGUAUUUGCAGAACUCAUUUGUGUAUGGGAGACAUCUGUGUUUGAGCCCAUUGAUACAUCCCCAUUUUCAUUAAUGCCGGUGGGAUCGAACCAUCUACAUGAAGAGCAAGCCGUUCUGAGCUGGAUUUUCAUGGUCCUACAAUUUCAAGGCCUCUCACAUCUCCCCUAAACUGGCCAGCAAUAUUGAU